AAUCAGAGUGAUACCGAAUAAAAAUUAACGGUCACAGUCUGGAUUCGCCUUGCAAACCACUAACUACAAAAGGAAAAGCCUAAAGCUGAUCACAAUAAUUGAGAAAAUUUAUCAAAAAAAAUAUUCCUUGCAAUUUAUUUAUGGAAGCACUCAUUGAGAAGCACAAAUGAUUCUGAAUACGUGAAUAUUCAACAAUGGGAAAAAAUAAAGCUCAACGAACGAAGAAUAACGCCAAGCCAUCAAACAGUAGCAGAAGUGCUGAACUCUUGGGGUCAUCGGUACCGAAUUUCGUGGGAUUCUCUGCAGCUAGGGAUGGCGGGUACGUGCCUGUGCUACCUGGAUUGUCUAUCAGUGCCAGCGGCGAAGGGGAUAUCAAUUCGAUCAAUCCCGAAUUUCGUUUGGUGUUAAAAAAAAUGAAUAAGAAAGAUCCAAUAACUAAAUUUAAGGCGCUUCAAGAAUUUACAUAUCUCUGCGAAAAUGCUCCCAUGUCUUCUGUGACCGAUGUCUUGCCUUUGUGGCCCCGUAAUUAUUGUGUCCUCGCCGUGGACAUCGAGCAUCGUGUACGAGAGGCCUCUCAAGUAGCCCACUCUGCGUUGGUGCAUCGAGUUGGCCGUACCCUAGCUCUCUACCUAAAACAACUUGCCGGUUGUUGGUACACCUCUCAAUUCGACACCUAUCCUCCAGCUGCUUCUGCUGCCCUCAACUCCUUCGAUUCAACCUUUCCAGAAGCCAAAGCAGUCCCUGCCCUUAUUCACUGUCAAUGUGAAAUCCUCGGCUACAUUCAAGAUAACAUCCUCCCCCGACCACCACAAUCCGUCCUCACUCAGAAGACUCAAACACCCGAGGAAACUGAAGCCAAGGAACAGAGAACUUUGAUUUGCUGUCUGCAGGGUUAUGCCCAUUACCUCAAGCAAGUCCCUUUGGCCCAAAUAACGCAAACCAUGGACAUCAACCAGAAGAUAAUAUCAUCCCCCACAUUUUGGAAAUUGGGAAGACACAAAGUGCUUCUAAUAAGGACAGCAUUUUUCCAUGCCCUAGCUUCUAUCGUCUCUAAUGCUCCAGCAUUUCUACACGGAGAAAAGAAGCGAGCAAUGACCAUAAUAAUGAACAGCCUUGCCGAAUCAGACCCAGGAAUUCUCUCAGCGGUGUGGGAAUGCGCCCUCGUAGCCAUCGAUAAAAUCGAGGACUGGCAGUCAUUCGUCAGCAUCGAAAAAUUGGUUCUCCCAAAACUCUGGAAAAUCUUGAGGAGUGGUGGAGAAGGAUCUGCGUCUGCAAUCUACCCCAAUUUUCUCCCCUUCCUUUCAAAAUUCCCGACAUUCGAUAUUGAGAAUAAAUCCCAACUAUUUAUAAACUUCUUCGAAAAUAUGAGACAAGGAUUCAGCGUUAAGACGGUCGUGACAAGUAAAUCUGAGAUGUUGGCAGUUGCGACAGCCUUCGUUGAGUGCUUAAAAUACACAAUAAUUCUGAAUAAUCAAGACAAUGAACUUUGUAAAGCUCUUCUGAAGGAUCAGCUGAUGCCCAUCGUUGAAUCAUCAAUCAAUGACUUUUCGCCGACCAAGACAAUAAUCUUCCGUGAAGUCGCCAAUUUGAUCAAAUACUGGAGUAAAAAUCGAAACAAUGACGAGUACAAUAUUUAUUCAGAGUUGAUACAAACCUUUUGGGAGCAGAUUGAAUCAGUAUUCCAUAAAAUCAAUACGACGGCCCUAACAUCUCACAAUAAAUUGAUAAUUGAUAGUGUUCAGAUGGCUGAAAUCAAGUUUUUGUCGAGUCUCAAGAACCCAGAGAAUCCGAUUAAAAAAAAUAAGAGAGUAAGGUUCAUCGAGUGUGAGCAGGUGACUGGGGGAGUGAUUGAGGAAGAAAGGAGAGCCGCUGAAGAUCAUGAUGUAACCCUUGAUGAAGAUAACUGGCUAACCGCCAAUGAAGAUGCUGAAGUAACCUCUGAUGAAGAUGAUCUACUCGAACCGUUAACCCCUGAUGAAGAUGAGCCACGCGUACCGUUCAUCCUUGAUGAAGAUAAUCCACGCGUACCGUUAACCCUUGAUGUAGAUGAUCUACGCGUACCGUUAACCCUUGAUGAAGAUGAGGUGUUCAGGAAGGAAUUAGAGGAAUUUGUGAGCAAACUUUGUGUUUCGUACAUACAGAGGAACAAGGACGACAAAUCUGAUACGAAUAUCAUUUAUUUGACUCGAUUACUUUGCAUAUUUGAAUCUAAGGAUCUCUUCUUAUCGUUAGCACAACGUCAACAGGAAAACGGAAAUCUCCUGAAUUUUUAUAAUGACAACCUCAAGCCCCUACUUGAGAGUGGUUGUCAAGAAGCCAUCGCACUGACCUUUACUGUAUGGAAAUAUAUGUCUGAUGAGGAGAAGGAACACGUUCUAAAUUCUUUGAAUAGUCUUCAAAGUAAGAUUUUAUUGAAUUCGGCCCUGACGUGUGCUCUUCGGCCGGAAAAUAGAAGAGAUAAUUUGAUUAAGGACUGGUUGCGGACGCCCAGAAUAACCGAAUACUUGACAGACAUUUGCAAUGCGAUGAUUCUACAGGGGACCGUAGAAAAUAUCGAUAUGAGACUACUUUUACUAGUUUUUGAAUCGACUGAUGGUGAAUUAACAGUGAAUGACGAAACUGUUAAUAAAAUCUCGGAGAUUCUUUGCUCAGUUUCCAGCAAAUCAGAGUAUAAAAUAUUGGAAAAUGUUACGGCGUUGAUAAGCAAGCUUUUAGAACUAACGUGGGCCCAUACGGUAUUGUCUUUAGGAGCUUUGAAAAUGCUCAAGACACUUUUUGAACUGAAUCUCAACGAGAAGUUAUCAGUUGAGCUUAAAGAGUCAAUCCAAGAAAAGUGGAAGAACGGUUUUGUGAAAAUUCAGCAAAAAAUACAGGGAACAAAUGUACAUUUUAUUGAGGUCCAGAGAGAUUGCUACAAGCUACUUCUAGACAGACUUUAUGGUUCUGACGACACGAAUAUCGGCCAACUUAUUAAAAUAUCUAUUGAUUUCAUAGAAUCUUCGAAUAAUUAUAAGUAUCACAAGGCUCUGAGUACUCUAAGUCUAUUGAAUUUGGAACAUGAAGUACUUGCUUCUGAUUGGCUUCCUCGAGUUAUUACUUUAGUUCUACAGGGGGAGCUUAUUUCUGGCAAUUUCUAUCUGCCGAAUUCAAUGACGAAAAUUAGAACGGAUAAAGAUGUGAUUUUCAUCACUCCAGCAGAAGAAACGCCACCAGAUAUGAUGGGCUCUUGUUUAAAAUGGGCAUUACUCAAUGCUCACCUGAUUAAUCACUUAAUUGUAAAGCUACAUGAGGAAGACCUUGAUCAAGAUUCACUGAAGGAGUGUUUAAUGAAUCUCCCAAGUAAUCUCAAAUUUAUAAUCCUCAUCACAAGUUUAGGUACGUUCUAUCGGACUCAUUACCGACACUCGAAGAAUUAUGAUUGUAUUGCUAUAAUUCAUGACCAAUUGGACGAACAAUGCAAGAAACUGAAACAAGAAAUUCCUAGGAAGGUUUGGAAGAAGAUUGUCGAGGCUGAAAAUGUGGAGACGUAUUGUAACGAAUUGGGGAGCGUCUUCAAUGAGUUCUUGAGAUAUUUUUAUGGCAAUGAUGAGUCUUCAGUCUUUAUAGAAGAAGAAGAAGAACAAUUCUUGGAAGAUUAUCUAAAUGAACAGACUUUAGAGGAAGCAGAACUCAUUGAUCCACUUAAAAAACCCCUCGGCUAUCACAUGCAUGCUCUCAUUAUAUCCAGAAGACUCCUUUGUGGUGAAGAACCUUUAGCCAGACCUUUGAAAGUUCUCAAACAUUUCAUAUCUCUACACAAAAAAGGGGUAUAUAGUUUACACGAUGGAGAGAAACCUGCCAAUAUCGCCCAUCUUUCACUCUCUGAAUUUCAUCUGCGUUUGGAAUUCGUUAGACUCUUCACAGAUGUCAUCCGAAAAGUCCCAGAAAUAGAUGACUCUGUAUGGGACUCUGCCAUGAUUUAUCUUUUAUCAUGGCUUCUAUCAAUUCAAAAAUCUAAGGAAAAUCAUGAGGACGGCAAAGUACGAUGCUUCAUAUCAGCUGUCAGUGAUUUUUUCUUCGAAUUCCAAGUAGUUUUACGACAGCUCAGCAAAGAGAAAACUGUCCAGCUACCUGAGAAUCUGAAAGAAGAAUGGAAGGAAAUAUUCGCUCGGGAUGUAAAUGAGAUUAUUGUGAAAAUGUGGAUGUUCUACGCAGAUCUAUUGAACUUGACAGAUGAUCAUUUGGCCCCAGUCAUUGUUCUCCAUCAUUUAGGAAAAACGUUGACGGUUUUAGACACAGCUGUCUUCAGGAAAAACUCCUCGAGGAUCAACACGGAUCAAUUGAUGGAAUUCACCAUGAUGCGAUUUACAUCCUCUCUGAUGUCCAUACAAAUCUCAUGCUUUUAUCUUCUGACAAGUCUGAUUCCAGAGAUGGUGGACGAGGAUAAAGCAGCGAUUGACGGGGAGAAUUUUAAUCCCAAUACGUUAAAUUUCAUGAAACUCCGAGCAAGUCUUUUGGAAAAUGAGAAGAUCGUCCAUGCUAUGCUGAUUGAUUUUAGUCGCCAUGAUCCCUCGAGCUAUAUUAUUCAAAGUCAUACAGAUUCGUACACCUAUACGUUGGCUUAUUUACUGGAAUGGAUGGUGGUACUGAAGAUGUGUAAGGCGGCAGAUGCUGAUCUCAGGUAUAAUUAUGCUGAGUCCCUGAAGAACGAGCUAUUUCCAAAUUUAAUGCAUAAUCUCUUCAGGCUUAUGCCUAUGGAUAUACUGCGGGAGAGCAGGAGUAGAGGAAUUGUGGAUCGGGAUAUAGAGAUAUUCAAACGAGAAUUAAUUAUAACAAUUGAUGACAACCCGAGUGCGAUUAAGAUCGACGAAAUUGUCUGCUCGAUUUAUAUCGAGUGCCUGAGACAGUUACCAGCACUGGCCAGGCAAUGGUGGAGUACGGCAGACUCUAGAAUUUCAAGUAUAAUGGAGAGAGUCACAACCAUCUACGUCAGUCCUAUUCUUUGUCGAGAGGAAUUGUCCAACGAAAAAUUGAAAGAUAUGGAAAAUCUGCAUAUCAAAGUACUUCCCAAUGUUAGAACUGUUAUUGCUUUUUAUCAGAUGGACGAUACUAAAUUAGAACUGAGUAUGGCGCUCCCUGUUAAUUAUCCCUUGGGGCAUGUUGUUGUUGAGUCAGGGCAAGAGAUAGGUGGAAAAACCACCUGGAAAAAUUAUCACAAGCAAUUGUCAAUAUUUUUGACACACCAGAAUGGCUCGAUUUCGGAAGGGCUCAAUAUGUGGAAGACGAAUCUGGAUAGGAAAUUUGCUGGAGUUGAAGAGUGCUACAUCUGUUUCAGCAUUUUUCAUUAUAAUACGUAUAAGAUACCAAAAAUUGUGUGUCGUACCUGCAAGAAGAAAUAUCACGCACGUUGUCUGUACAAAUGGUUCACCACGAGCCAAAAACCGACGUGUCCCAUCUGCCGGAAUGUUUUCUGAGAUGAAAUUAAUCAUCAAAGAUGUCCACCGGAAUUCCUUUGUAUUUGUAUCCAUAUUGAUUUUGGCAUAGAAACGAUGCAAAUAUUAUGUUUUGAAGAAAUGACUGAGAAAAUGGAGAAUUUAUGUAUAAUGUGAAUGAUUAAAUAUUCUUCAGUCUGU